AUGAUCAAUCUUUUAUCAUUAUCAAACGAUUUAUUCUAUGAGAUAUUUGAUUAUCUUGACGUAUAUGAUAUUUAUUAUUCAUUCGGUGAUUUGAAUAAACGAUUAGAUUCAAUAAUUCAAAAUAAAUCUCAUCUCCAUGCUCAUAUUACAUCGUCAAAUUUUGAUUGUUAUUUGAAUUACAUUCUACCCAUUGUACAGAAUCGUUUAAUAUCAUUAAAAUUUGAAAUUCCAUUUGAUAAAAUAAAAUUAUUUACGUCAAUAUAUCCAUUAAAUCAAUUUAAUCGUUUAUACUCACUCUCAUUAAAGAUUAUCAGCACAUCAGCAUCCGAUGAUAACCUUCUCUUAUUAGUCAUAGCUAUCCUUAAACAACUAUCGUUUUUAAAAUAUUUAUUAUCAUUAACAUUUGAUUUUAGCACGAGUUUCUACAAAGAUCGAUUCUCAAUUCUUGCACUUAUACUCUCAUAUUUACCAAAAUUAAAAUAUUUAUCAUGUGAUAUCAAUUCUUGUGAAUAUUUCGAGAGACUAAUUCUCAAUGAGAUAGAAGAAAUUAAAAUAUUUGAAUAUUAUUAUUUAGAAACAUUAAAAAUCAAUUUAAUUGAUAUAAAUCAUUUAUUAAAAUUUAUAAAUUGUUUUCCGAAAUUAAAACAUUUAUCACUACAUAUUUGCUCAGUAUUUUCUCAACAUGGUACAAUAUUGAGUUUGCCACAUGUUAAAAUAAAUUGUCUCUUAUCAGAAAUAAAAUAUUUGAAUCUAAAUGCUUUUCACAUUAGUUUUCAUCAUAUUCAACAGUUAUUAAAAUUAUGUCCAAAUUUAAUAGUAUUCACAUUUUCGUCAAAAAAUUGGAUAUUUAUCGACGGUGAAGACUGGAUGAAACUGUUAUCAAUCUUUAAACUAAUCAAAUUUCGUUUAUAUAUUAAUACAUUUUUCAGACCAACUGUUAAAAUUGAUAUUUAUCGGAUACAAAAAACAUUUCAAACACAAUUUUGGUUAGAAAAAAAUUGGCACAUUCUCUGUGAUUAUGAUCAUAUUAAUGGACAACAUAUUAAAAUCUAUUCAAUUAAAUAA